ACUGAGUUGCGCGGGAGCGGUCAAAGUGCUGUCAGUCCAAUUCCAGCAGGCAGUGAAGUCGGAAGAGGGGAUACCAUAAGUGAUAGAUUUUCGCCUCUUCUACAAUGGCUCCAAAUGUAACAACUUCUCCUACUGAAGUUUCGUGUACUUCUGACACUACAUUACUCUCAUCAAACGAAUUAAAAAGUGAUGCGACAAAACCCUGCCUGAAGUACAGAAGAGAAAUUGUGUGGCCAAAUGUUGUCAUGCAUGCUUAUUUAAAUUUGGCUGCCCUUUAUGGAGCCUACUUGAUGUUGACGUCUGCUAAAAUACUCACAGGAAUAUGGGCCUUCAUUUUGUACGAGGGAGGUAUACUGGGAAUCACAGCGGGCGCCCAUCGGCUGUGGUCCCAUCGCGCUUACAAAGCGAAGUGGCCGAUGAGGCUUGUUCUUAUGCUAUUACACACACUGGCUUUUCAGACAUCAGUGCACGAAUGGGUUCGUAAUCACAGGGUGCACCAUAAAAAUAGUGACACUGAUGCAGACCCUCACAAUGUGCACCGCGGUUUCUUCUUCACUCAUUAUGGCUGGAUGCUGCUACGGAAACAUCCAGCUGUCAAGGAAAAAGGCAAGCAAAUUGACACCUCGGAUCUUGAUACUGACCCAUUUCUGAUAUUCCAGAAGAGGUAUUACAUCAUUAUCAUGCCUCUUUUAUGCUUCCUGAUACCAAGCGCAGUUCCAGUGUAUUUCUGGGGCGACACGUGGACAAAUGCAUAUCAUAUUGCGGCUGUGUUGCGUCAAGUAAUAACACUUCACAUGACCCUGAUCACCAACAGCGUUACACAUUGGCCCGGCACGUGGAAAAAAAGGCCUUAUGACAAGAACAUCUGCCCAUCAGAAAACUUUCUUGUCUCCUUAUUGACACUUGGCGAGGGAUGGCAUAAUUUUCACCAUGUAUUUCCCUGGGAUUAUAAAACUUCGGAAAUCGGGAACAACCGCAUCAACCCAACUACUCACUUCAUUGACUUCUGUGCCCGAAUCGGUUGGGCAUACGAACUGAAGACAGUUCCUAUGUCGAUGGUCAGGAAGAGGAUUGAACGCACAGGUGACGGAACUCACGAAAUCUGGGGUUGGGGUGACACAGAUAUGACCAUCAAGGACAGGAACUUGGCAGAAGUUAUCAAUAAGGAAGUGAUGUAACAGGAAGUGAGACGGAUAGAGUGUGCCAUGUGAGAAUCCAUCUGGAACAAUUUUAGAUAAAAAGCAUUAAUAUAUUUUUAAUUAAUUAUAUUUAUAUAAUUGGCGAGUGCAUUUGUUAGUGUCUGUAUUCUUUUCACAUAUUAGAGCGAAGUAGGGAGAGUAACGUUUGAUGAAUUAUAUAAACGCGUUACCUCAGUACACAUGUGAAUCUCUCACAUUAGAUUUGAAAGAAUCAUUUAUUUAUAUGCCAGUAUUUUAUUGUCUCAAAUGAAGCUGUAUAAUAAUGCGAAAAAGUCUUUGUUACUGAGCCUACCCAAGUCUGAGCGUUUAACACGAGAGUCUCUGUGAAAAUUUUUCGGUACCAAAACCCAUGAAGUCUGACAUAAACAAACAGCACUUAUGAGACGGAUAUACAGACGUAAGGGUGCGAAUGUAACAUGCUGGUUAAUUUAAGAGAAAGAAGAAAAUAUUAUUAUUGAACUAUACAACAAAGUUCUUAAGCUUUAAAGCAAUAAAUUUCGGAGUGUUCUCUCUCGCUUAGCACACGAAGGAAUCUAUCGCUGUUGUCACAGGCGAAAUGCUGCUGUUUCUGCCCUGUAUAUUCUCCUCGUAUGUAAUAUUUUUCAUAAAUAAAGUACUUAAAAUACUCCUCGGA